UCACCAUGACGUUUAACCUAGUUGGCUUCACGUUCGCGCAGAUAAAGUAACUUCAUAUCACGUAACGUUAAUAAAAAGCACAAUAGUCUCUUACUCUUAAUUUAUCUGAUUUCGCUCAAUUAAAAUGCCUGUCCCACCUGGAUCCAUAAUCGUGUCGGAUUGGCAUCGCUGUCCAGACAGCAGGGAGUUUUUCAGCAGGAUACUGCACAAGAAGAAACGGCGAAAGUUUGGGCUCUUGGAAGCGCCAAUGAUGCCUCCUCAUAUGAAUGUGGACAUCGUUCGCUACAAGGUCUUCCUCUCUGGGAAAACCGGAGUCGGGAAAAGCGCUCUUGCUGCCCGUCUCGCUGGCCUCGAUCUCCCCAAAAUGCACUACGAGACCACAGGCAUAGAGACAACAGUGGUCUUCUGGCCUGUAAGAAUAAAGGAGAGUGGCCGUGUGUUGUUUUUCCGCUUUGAGCUUUGGGAUUGUGGGGAAAGUGCAAUACGAAGAUUUGACCACAUGUUACCGUCCUGUAAGGAACAGGUGGAUGCCAUCCUUUUUCUUUUCUCCUUCACUGAUCGUGGCUCCUUUGAUGAUCUUUCAAAUCAAAUAUCACGGAUCACAGAACCUUCGGAUCGAGUGGUUAAUUUGGUCGUAGGCACCAAAUUUGACUUAUUUAUGCACACAGAUGUGACAGAGAGUAACGUAACACAUUUUCAAGAGGUUUGGGGUCUUCCGGUCUUCCGAGUGGGAGGUGAUGUAAGUGCGGGGCUUGGUGAAGUAGCACCCCUACUAAAUGCCCUUGCAGAAAACCUGUGGCACCAAGACUGUAUGGCUGCUUCAUCUGUGUCCAUCUCCACACAGGCUGCUCUCAGAGGAACAGACUCCGAGAUCAUUGUAUAACUUGUACAUGUGUUGUGGUUCAAUCUCACAAGGAUUGGUCAUUCAUGGAUGGAAUAUGCUGCUAUGGAAACACUCUAAAUACCACUUACUAUUUUUUGCUUUCUAAAUGUCUGUGAGUCAAGUAAUGGUGAACAAAAAUAUUAAAAUGUCAUGAAAUUAGUUUGUUUGUAGUUAAAAAAAAAAAAAAAACAUUGUUAUGUGCAUAUAUUCAUGAACCUCAUUAUAUAUUGAAGUAAAAAAAAAAGUUAACAUUUGUUUUUGUUUAAUGACCAAAUUGAUUAAGUACAAUAAAGAAGGAAACAGAUUAAAGUUUCUGAAAUGCUUAAAAAUACAUCCAAGCAUUAGAUUUUCACUUCUUUGAAUUAAUCCAUGAUUGGCAAGCAUUUUGCUGUAUGCUUUUGGGCUUUGAUGCUCAACAAACCACCUUUCUCUAGAGAAGAUGUGACUGACAUUGGAUCCACAUCAGCUGGGAACUGACACUUCUGACGAACAGCGUCCACGAUUGUGCCAUCUGAUGCCAACUGAUUCAUCAGUGAAGAAAAAUGGAAAUUAGAAUACAACGAGCAAGAUAUUGUGCAAAAACACAAAUAAAUAAAUCUAAUA